UGAACGGCAGCCAGCACCUCACAGCGUCUUUAGGCCCUGAACACGUGACGCAGACCGAAGAGCUGAUGCUGCGCUUCAGGACCACCCGAGCUGGUCUGCUCCUGAGGACAGCUUCGGAACACUCCGCCGAUAGGAUCGAGCUGGCUGUGGCGGCGGGGAGGGUCAGAGCCAGUGUGCGGUUAGGGGAUCGGGAAAAGAAUCUCCUAGCUGGCUCCAACGUGGCGGACGACAACUGGCAUACGGUUAGGUUUUCCCGUCGGGCCUCGAACUUGAAACUUCAGGUGGACGGGGCGCAGCCAGUCCGCGGUAUGUUAUCUGAAACGAUUUUAGGAAAAGCAUCUACUUUAGAGAUAUCCACGUUGCAUUUAGGAGGAUUAUUUCACCCGGAGGAAGAAAUUCAGAUGACCUCCACAUUGCCCAACUUCGUGGGAUAUCUGCAAAAGUUUGUUUUCAACGGAAUAAAAUACAUUGAUAUGGCAAAGACGCUUGGAAUUGGUAGUGGAGAUGAGAACAACAACAUCUAUGACACAUCCAACAUAAUUUUCACUGGAACAUUCAUGAAGCCAGACUCUUUGAACGUUUAUAAAUCUGUGACCUUCAAAUCGAAACAUACGUAUGUAGGCCUUCCUUUACUGAAGGCUUAUGGGAACACGUAUUUAGACUUUUACUUCCGAACCACUGAAAUGGACGGACUAUUGUUCUACAAUGGAGGGAAAAAGCAAGAUUUUAUAGCCAUAGAGCUGGUCAACGGACACAUUCACUGUGUGUUUAACCUUGGAGAUGGCGUUGUAACUAUGAAGGAUAAACUGAAGAAUUUCUUGAACGACAACAGAUGGCACACGGUAUCUGUAAGAAGACCUACGCCAAAAAUACACACGUUACAAGUUGAUGAUGACUUGGAAAUGCACACUACAAGUUCAAAUUUAAUGCUUGAGUUGGAUAGCGUUCUGUUUGUUGGUGGUGUGCCUAAGGAUAUGUAUUCAUCACUGCCAGUUGGGGUUCUGUCCAGACAAGGUUUUGAAGGGUGCAUGUCUAGUUUAGAUCUACCAGGAGAGUCUCCUUCUUUGAUGGACGAUGCUGUUGUUCCGAGUUCUUCAUUAGGUUCGGGGUGUGAAGGUCCCACAAAAUGUACACAUAAUGCUUGUGCUAACAAAGGAGUCUGCGUUCAGCAGUGGAAUACAUACGUUUGUGACUGUGAUCUGACGUCAUUUACUGGACCUACCUGUUAUGAUGAAUCGAUUGCCUAUGAAUUUGGCCCAGGUCGAGGUAUCAUUACAUACUCGUUCCCGUCAUCUUCUGUAGCUGAUACGGAAACUGAUAAGGUGGCUCUUGGUUUCGUCACAAGCAAGGCUGAUGCUGUGCUUCUGAGGAUCGAGUCGUCAAACACUCAGGACUACAUGCAAAUGGAGAUCAUCCGAGGAAACCUUUUCAUGGUAUACAACGUGGGCGGUGGUGACCACCCGCUUGGUGAUGAGGCGGCCAGGGUUGACGAUGGAGCGUAUCACGUCGCUCGCUUCACGAGGAACGGCAGCCGAUCUGCUUUGCAGCUGGAUAACUACGCCGUCAAUAUUCGACAUCCACAAGGAGGUCAACAAUCCACAAUCUUCAACAGCAUGUCUACCAUCACGGUGGGCGGUGGCGCAGGCGGGUCUCGCACCUUUAGUGGCGUCAUAGCUGGGCUGGUGGUGGAUGGAGUCAGGGUGUUAGAAUUGGCUGCCGCAGGGGACCCUUCGGUGUCUGUAAGAGGAGAUGCUAGAAGAGCGCAUACGCCGCUGGACAGGGACAUCAAUAGGAUGCAACAGGUGAUUAUGCUGAUUCUUCAUAGUAGUCUGCUGGUCAGGGAUAGUGGCGUCAUAGCUGGGCUGGUGGUGGAUGGAGUCAGGGUGUUAGAAUUGGCUGCCGCAGGGGACCCUUCGGUGUCUGUGAGAGGAGACGCGAGAAGAGCACACACGCCACUUGACAGAGACAUCAAUAGGAUGCAACAGGUGAUUAUGCUGAUUCUUCAUAGUAGUCUGCUGGUCAGAGUUAGUGGCGUCAUAGCUGGGCUGGUGGUGGAUGGAGUUAGGGUGUUAGAACUGGCGGCUGCAGGGGACCCUUCGGUGUCUGUUAGAGGAGACGCGAGAAGAGCACACACUCCGUUGGACAGAGACAUCAAUAGGAUGCAACAGGUGAUUAUGCUGAUUCUUCAUAGUAGUCUGCUGGUCAGAAAUAGCGGCGUUAUAGCUGGGCUGGUGGUGGAUGGAGUCAGGGUGUUAGAAUUGGCUGCCGCAGGGGACCCUUCGGUGUCUGUGAGAGGAGACGCUAGAAGAGCUCACACGCCGCUGGACAGAGACAUCAAUAGGAUGCAACAGGUGAUUAUGCUGAUUCUUCAUAGUAGUCUACUGGUCAGAGAUAGUGGCGUCAUAGCUGGGCUGGUGGUGGAUGGAGUCAUAGUGUUAGAAUUGGCUGCUGCAGGGGACCCUUCAGUGUCUGUGAGAGGGGACGCGAGAAGAGCAUAUACACCACUUGACAGAGACAUCAAUAGGAUGCAACAGGUGAUUAUGCUGAUUCUUCAUAGUAGUCUGCUGGUCAGAAAUAGCGGCGUCAUAGCUGGGCUGGUGGUGGAUGGAGUCAGGGUGUUAGAACUGGCUGCCGCAGGGGACCCUUCGGUGUCUGUGAGAGGGGACGCGAGAAGAGCGCACACGCCGCUGGACAGAGACAUCAAUAGGAUGCAACAGGUGAUUAUGCUGAUUCUUCAUAGUAGUCUGCUGGUCAGAGAUAGUGGCGUCAUAGCAGGGCUGGUGGUGGAUGGAGUCAGGGUGUUAGAAUUGGAUGCCGCAGGGGACCCUUCGGUGUCUGUGAGAGGAGAUGCUAGGAGAGCGCAUACGCCGCUGGACAGGGACAUCAAUAGGAUGCAACAGGUGAUUAUGCUGAUUCUUCAUAGUAGUCUGCUGGUCAGAGAUAGUGGCGUCAUAGCUGGGCUGGUGGUGGAUGGAGUCAGGGUGUUAGAAUUUUCUGCCGCAGGGGACCCUUCAGUGUCUACGCCCCCAUCAGGCUACGGUGGCCCUGGUGUGAUGGACGAGCUGGUCUACUCCGGGGCAGGGUCGGGGUGCCGCGACGACGACGAGGACGCGUGCGUGCUGCCCGACGCCGGCUCCGGGGACGACCUCAUCACGCCGGUGUACGUGCCGUCCACCAGGCGGCCGCCGGCCAGGGUCUACAAGGCCAAGGCCGUGUCCGGGGGACGGAUUGAAGGUGGCCCCGGUGUGAUAGACGAGCUGGUGUACUCCGGGGCAGGGUCGGGGUGCCGCGACGACGACGAGGACGCGUGCGUGCUGCCCGACGCCGGCUCCGGGGACGACCUCAUCACGCCGGUGUACGUGCCGUCCACCAGGCGGCCGCCGGCCAGGGUCUAUAAGGCCAAGGGUGAUACAAGCGGUAAACUGAUGAAGCCUUGUGAUGACGAAGAUUGUGCGGAGGGUUCUGGGGCGAGCGUGGACGAAGUGACAGAACCUGAACAUCCAGCUACCACAUCCGGAGCCAGCAGUACCCACAGCAUGACGUCACCGACGGCUUCAAUAUCCUCAACCGAACACGUGGACAAGUCUCUCGAGGGCUCCACCGACGGGUCGACCGAUUCUGGUCCCAGUACUAAGGCCGAUAUCCAGACAACGCUACCUGACCAUGACAAUAUGCAUGCGGGUACUGUGGAUACUGCCACCACGCCUGAGAGGAAGACCACGCCUACUGAUGAACACACACACUCCAGCGGUCAUUACACCCCCACAAUGAUCGGCAAACACACCCCUGACGAGACAACGCACACGACUGAAGAAGACAACCACAUACCAGACUACGAGGACCGGCGAGGGAACGAGAUAGAAACACGGACACCGCCUUACGAGAUAGGGAUAGGAAUGGGAGAGCAGGAGAGGCUCCCAGGCAGGGGCCAUCAGGAUUAUAAUGGAUAUGAUAAGACCACGAAGUGGUACCAGCCGAAGUCGACGGACAAUAGGGUCGUCCCGCCCGAGUCGGAGUUCUUCGCGACUAUUGUCGGCAUAGUAGCAUCAGUGCUGAUAGCAAUAAUACUGAUAGUGAUCAUCGUGCUCAAGUACAUAGUGUUCAAGCUGGACCCCUCGUACAAGGUCACCGAGGACAAGAGCUACCAGCAGGGUGCCAGCGCCGCGCUGCUGGGGAACCAGGCUCACUCAAGUUACCAAAGCGGCGCAUCGAGCGCGCCCACCGGCGGCGCCGUCCGCAACCUUCAACCGCUCCCGCUUAACAGAAACGGGGCGCCGCCGCUGCCCGUGCCCACGCAGCCCGUCAAGCGCGACGGCAUCAAGGAGUGGUACGUGUAA